GCCCAGGGAGCCCUGGCCCUACGAGGGAGCUCCAGGACCAGCAGGAUGGGGUCAGCCUGUAUCAAAGUCACCAAAUACUUUCUCUUCCUCUUCAACUUGCUCUUCUUUAUCCUGGGCGCGGUGAUCCUGGGUUUCGGGGUGUGGAUCCUGGCCGACAGGAGCAGUUUCAUCUCUGUGCUGCAGACCUCCUCCAGCUCGCUCAAGGUGGGGGCCUCCGUCUUCAUCGGCGUGGGGGCUGUCACCAUGUUCAUGGGCUUCCUGGGCUGCAUCGGUGCCAUCAAGGAGGUCCGCUGCCUGCUGGGGCUGUACUUUGCCUUCCUCCUCCUGAUCCUCAUCGCUCAGGUGACCGCUGGAGCCCUCUUCUACUUCAACAUGGGCCAGGGCGAGGGCACCCAGCCAGCCGGUGGCCGGGCCAGGCGAGGGCACAGACUCCCAGACUCUCGGCCAGAGCUCGCCCCAGACCCACUGCACGUGGCCUGUGACCCAGCUGACCCUGGGGGCCCUGCCUUCCUCCAGCAUUACAGUUCUUGUCCACCAAUGGGGGAGGCAGAGCUGGUGGCUAGCGGGCCCCCGCCUGUUACCACUUGA